GAUGCUCGUACUCGACCGUCUUCACUUUCCGCGAGAGAGAGUUAAAGAGGAGUCCGAAAGGACGAAGGAAGAUGAAAAUAUCUAAUUUCUCUUUUCAAAUUCCAAACUCGAAGAAGAAGAAGAGGAACGCCCUUUCCCUAUACGCUUUCGGCCGUUCAUCAUUCGAAUAUCCCUCUCCUUCAUUCAUCCCACCAUUCCAGAAAUAUUGGACGGAGAGCAUUAAGGUAAACGCAUAAAAGAAUUGGGCUUUGAAGGCAACGAAUCGAUACAGACAGCUAUGGGACUUUGCUGCUUUGGUAGCUUGGAUAAAAGGAAGGAAGGUCAUGACCAGUCAGGAGAGAUCUCUGCUGCGAAUGACGUGAGGCUCUUUUCCUAUAAUGAACUGAGGUCUGCAACAGCGAACUUCAAUCAUAUGAACAAAAUAGGUGGAGGAGGCUUCGGAGUAGUCUAUAAGGGAACAUUAAGGGAUCAAACACAAGUUGCCAUUAAAUCGCUAUCUGCUGAAUCAAAGCAAGGAACACGUGAGUUUUUGACUGAGAUUGAUAUGAUAUCAAAUAUUAAACAUCCAAAUCUCGUUCAGCUUAUUGGGUGCUGUAUCAAGGGCAGCAAUCGGAUGUUGGUCUAUGAAUAUCUGGAGAACAACAGUCUUGCAAAAGCAUUAUUCGGUCAAAAAAGUAGACGAAUUCAUCUGGAUUGGCCUAGAAGAGCUGCUAUCUGCAUUGGCACAGCUCAUGGGCUUGCAUUUCUUCACGAGGAAGCUGAACCUCAUAUAGUCCAUAGAGACAUCAAGGCUAGUAAUGUUCUUCUGGACAAAGAUCUUGUCCCUAAAAUUGGAGAUUUUGGGCUAGCAAAACUUUUUCCAGAUAAUGUCACGCAUAUUAGUACACGAGUGGCAGGAACAAUGGGUUAUUUGGCACCAGAGUAUGCCUUGUUAGGGCAGUUAACGAAAAAGGCUGAUAUUUAUAGUUUUGGGGUUCUUGUACUUGAAAUUAUUAGUGGCAGAAGUAGCACCAAGGCAGCAUGGGGAGAGGAUUUGAUGGUUCUUGUGGAAUGGACAUGGAAAAUGCAAGAAGAAGAUAGACUCUUAGAAAUUGUGGAUCCAGAACUGGUCGAGUACCCAGAGACGGAAGUGCUGCGCUUCAUCAAAGUGGCACUCUUUUGCACUCAAGCAGCAUCAUUCCAGAGACCGUCCAUGAAGCAGGUGGUGGAGAUGCUUUCCAAAGAGAUCAUCCUUGAUGAAAAGGCGCUAACCCCACCGGGUGUACUCAAGAACAUGGACCGUACUUCUAGGGGUUCAAGUGGUAGUUCGCAGAGCACCCUGGUACACAAAGGCAAGCAUUCUACAGGCACGGGUGCAUUCAUUACCUCAACCAAUUUACACAGCUCUAGUCUAACCAUUACAGACAUGCAGCCUAGGUGAGACAUCGAUAUGUUUGAUGCAUGGGAGCUAAUGUUAAUUGAUUUGAUGGUGUAAUUAGGCCCAUGUAUAUUUUCCUUAAUGGGGCCAUACGAGCCAUUCGGCUCUUUUUUUAUUAUUACACAACGUCUAAAUUGGUUAGAAUAUUCAGAGAAGGAAAGAAAGAAAAUGAUCUGUAUUCUGUAUAGAAUAAUUUAUUAAAUAAUCUCGUGAUUGCUUCAAAAAGAUUUUGGGCAAUUCCAUUGGUUAGAGGAUAAUAGGACCAGCACCAUUUGUUGUACAGCAGCACUUGUGAGUGGGAAUGCACCUCCACCAGGCGAUUUUGAUUCUGUGGGAUACGAAGGGGAAAUUAUAUUUUGUUUCCA